CGACGACUGGCAGGCCCGGCACCUCCAACCGCGGAGUCGCCGCUCCUGCCCCUUCUCCGGCCUCUGGCGGCGCCCGGCCCACGGCUUCCUCCUUUCCAGCUCAGCUUCGCGCGGGCCUCGGGGCCGCGGCGGCUAGAAGUACCGAGGGGAGCCGAGAGGCCCUGGUCGGCCGCGACCGUCCACGCGCACUCCACCCCGCCCGGCGCGGGCUCCAUGUGAAGGAGGGAUCCGGCCUGCGCCAGACUCCUCGCGCGCCCCUCCGGCCCCCGGGGGCCCGCGGCCUCCCCCUACAGGGGGGCGCGGUGACAGGCCGCGCGGGGGCGGAGGGGCGGGCUCGGAGGCAGCGGCUGCCCCUCCUCGGGCCUGCGGCUCCCUACGUCCCCGCGGAACCGCCGGAAGUAAAGAAUGCUGAUGGAAGAACCAUUUUCUUAAUUUUCAAAUUGUUGAGCUGGUUGCCAUGAUGGAUGACCAGCAAGCUUUGAACUCAAUCAUGCAAGAUUUGGCUGUUCUUCAUAAAGCCAGUCGACCAGCAUUAUCUUUACAGGAAACCAGAAAAACAAAAGCUUCAUCACCAAAAAAGCAGAAUGAUGUUCGAGUCAAAUUUGAACAUAGAGGGGAAAAAAGAAUCCUUCAAUUCCCCAGACCAGUUAAACUGGAAGAUCUGAGAUCUAAGGCUAAAAUUGCCUUUGGACAGUCUAUGGAUCUCCAUUAUACCAAUAAUGAGUUGGUAAUUCCAUUAACUACCCAAGAUGACUUGGACAAAGCUGUGGAACUGCUGGAUCGUAGUAUUCAUAUGAAGAGCCUCAAGAUAUUACUUGUAAUAAAUGGAAGUGCACAGGCUACUAAUUUAGAACCGUUGCCAUCACUAGAAGACUUAGAUAACACAGUAUUUGGAGCAGAGAGGAAAAAGCGACUUUCUAUAGUAGGUCCCACUAGUAGAGAUAGAAGCUCCCCACCCCCAGGAUACAUUCCAGAUGAAUUACACCAGGUUGCCCGGAAUGGGUCAUUCACCAGUAUCAACAGUGAAGGAGAGUUCAUUCCAGAGAGCAUGGACCAAAUGCUGGACCCAUUGUCUUUAAGCAGUCCUGAAAAUUCUGGCUCAGGAAGUUGUCCAUCCCUUGAUAGUCCUUUGGAUGGAGAGAGCUAUCCAAAAUCACGAAUGCCUAGGGCACAGAGCUACCCAGAUAAUCAUCAGGAAUUUUCAGACUAUGAUAACCCUAUCUUUGAGAAAUUUGGAAAAGGAGGAACAUACCCAAGAAGGUAUCAUGUUUCAUAUCACCAUCAAGAUUAUAAUGAUGGUCGUAAAACUUUUCCAAGAGCUAGAAGGACCCAGGGGACCAGCUUCCGAUCUCCUGUGAGUUUCAGUCCUACUGAUCACUCUUUAAGUACUAGCAGUGGAAGCAGUAUCUUUACCCCAGAGUAUGAUGAUAGUCGAAUAAGAAGAAGGGGAAGUGACAUAGACAAUCCUACUUUGACUGUAAUGGACAUCAGCCCACCCAGCCGCUCGCCUCGUGCUCCAACCAACUGGAGAUUGGGCAAACUGCUUGGCCAGGGAGCAUUUGGCAGGGUCUACCUCUGUUAUGAUGUCGAUACAGGGAGAGAAUUGGCAGUUAAACAAGUUCAGUUUGACCCUGAUAGCCCUGAGACCAGCAAGGAAGUAAAUGCACUUGAGUGUGAAAUUCAGUUGUUGAAAAAUUUGCUGCAUGAGCGGAUUGUUCAGUAUUAUGGCUGUUUGAGGGAUCCCCAGGAAAAAACACUUUCCAUAUUUAUGGAGUAUAUGCCAGGGGGUUCAAUUAAGGACCAAUUAAAAGCAUAUGGAGCUCUUACUGAGAAUGUGACUAGGAAAUAUACCCGUCAGAUUCUGGAGGGCGUACAUUAUUUGCACAGUAAUAUGAUUGUUCAUAGAGAUAUCAAAGGUGCAAAUAUUCUGCGAGAUUCAACAGGCAACGUCAAACUAGGAGAUUUUGGGGCCAGCAAACGGCUUCAAACCAUCUGUCUUUCAGGCACAGGGAUGAAGUCUGUCACAGGCACACCAUACUGGAUGAGCCCCGAAGUAAUUAGUGGAGAAGGCUAUGGCAGAAAAGCAGACAUCUGGAGUGUGGGCUGUACUGUGGUGGAAAUGCUAACUGAAAAGCCUCCUUGGGCAGAAUUUGAAGCUAUGGCUGCCAUCUUUAAAAUUGCCACUCAGCCAACAAACCCAAAGCUGCCACCUCAUGUCUCAGACUAUACUCGAGAUUUCCUCAAGCGGAUCUUUAUAGAGGCCAAACUGAGACCUUCAGCUGAUGAACUGUUAAGGCACAUGUUCGUGCAUUAUCACUAGCAGCCAGUAACCUCUCCUGUGCCUCUACCCAGCUCCCAUCAAUUCAUUCACCUUCUCUCUGACUGCACUUUUCUUUUUUAUAAAAAAGAGAGAUGGGGAGAAAAAAGACAAGAGGGAAAGUAUUUCUCUUGAUUCUUGGUUUAAAUUGUUUAAUAAUAAU